UUAUUUCUCCUGCUAGUUAUAUUCAGCGGACCAAUUAUUCAACCGACAACUCGCAGUAAAACAUCAGGACGCUUAAAAUAAAUGCUAGGCUUCGUGCUGCUAUAAUGAGUGGAGACUUUUCUGAAAACAAUGAAGGAAGUCUAGACAUCUAUACAGUAGGAGGAGAAGAAGAAGGAAAACUGGUUCACAGGAUUCCACCCCACAUUCACAGCUCUCACAUACAUCUCAAAAAGGGUCUUUCUGUGACUGUGGAUGAACCAAGAUUUCUGGAAAAACCACCUCUAUCUUACAUAGCAUUAAUUGCAAAGGCAAUUCUUUCUUCCCCGGCAAAUAAACUGAAUUUAGCUGCUAUCUACAAAUACAUUGAAGAUAACUUUCCUUUCUACAGAAACAAAGGUCGAGGCUGGAGGAACAGCGUAAGGCACAACCUUUCACUAAACGAUUGUUUCAUCAAGGUGGGAAGAUGUGAGGAUGGCAAAGGAAACUACUGGAGUAUUCACCCAUCAAACUUAAAUGACUUUGUUCACGGGGACUUCAGGCAACAUCGAAGGUCUCGAAAGCGAGGGCGUCAAAAGGAGCUAGAGCAUUGCCUUGCUGUGAAUUAUUUCAUGCCAUGGGGACACUAUCCUUCCUACCCAGCAACAAACUGGCUUUGCCAAACACAUUAUUUUCUGGAUCCUCUGUGGAAAACGCUGUAUGCCGACAGACCGCAGUUUGUGCAUGAAUACCAAAAAUGGAAUGUAAACAGUGAUUUAAUCAUGGGGAAGUUUUCACCUCCACUACAGACUGAUAAACCACACAACAUUUCUGUGGACUGGUUUUAUGGAUCUCCUGCUACUUCAGUUAUGCAGCAGAAUAUUUUCCUAAAUAUUCAACAGGCUUUCCCUAAUUCCCUUCUCUUUUCUGCUCAAAAGCAGCAGCAAAGGGAAGCAUUCAGACAGAUCUGUUAAGUACUAGAAAGUACUUGAAGUGCAGUAACUUCGCAGGCAGCUUGGGACUCUGUCGAGAUACCGUGUAUUAAUAUAUAUGGCACAGUUUUGAAGGUUUGUAUAUGUUUAAAGACAGCAAAAGGGCUUACUUAUUUCUGUAAGCCAGUGAUUACCAAUGAUUAUUACCUAAGUGUGUUAGCUUUGAAAUGAUAACAAUGAAUACUGUUUUUAAUAAUUCUAUUAGUCACUGGCGGGGCAUAGAUAACUGUGUAAGAGUAAAUCCAUUAGGACCGACUGCCCAAUAAAAUUAUUUUUAAGUUGUCCUGUAUUAACGAUAUUACUGUAUACUACUGCUCUAUUAGAUUCUUACUAAUACACAUGCAUGUGGAUUUAUAUAUUCAAAUAUGUACACCCAUGUAUUUACUUUUAUAUUACAUUGAGUAGGAAGCGUUAAUACGUUUUUCCUUUGUCAGUUGGGAAUGUCUUUGAAAUGCUACUUGUCACCUCCCGUG